AUAAAUAAUGAUAAACAUUUUGUCUUAACUUUCUUUUAUUUGAUAUGUGAAUUUAUAUUUUAUUUAUUUAUAUAUAAUACUCUAAAUUUUCUUAAUUUAUUAUUAAUAUAUUUAUGUCAUCAAUCCCAGAUAUAAUUGAUUUAAUAUAAUUAAUUGCUACAAUAGUUUGUAUUGAAUACUGAGCUUCAUAUCUAAUUCAUAUAGCUUGAUACGCAUGUAUGAAUACCGCAGGUGCAUUAAGUAUCUGCAUUAACUUAGGCGGCAUAGUGGAAAAACACGAAUCCAAAAUAUGGCAAGUUCGUCAAGACAUGAAACAAACAAAGUUUGUUGUUAUGCACAUCCAGAUGCUUCUCUUAUUGAAGAUUACAGAGCUGGAGAUCAAAUUUGCUCAGAAUGUGGACUAGUUGUAGGAGAUAGGGUAAUAGAUGUUGGUUCAGAAUGGAGAACAUUCAGCAAUGAAAAAGCUGGAGUCGAUCCGUCACGUGUUGGUGGCCCAGAAAAUCCACUCCUUAAUGGUUCAGAUCUAUCCACCAUGAUUGGCCCUGGAACUGGUGCUGCAUCGUUUGAUGCUUUUGGUGCUUCAAAAUAUCAAAACAGGCGUACAAUGAGCAGUUCUGACAGAGCAUUGAUUAAUGCAUUUCGUGAAAUUAAUGGCAUGGCUGAUCGUAUUAAUUUGCCUAAGACUAUUGUCGAUAGAGCAAAUAAUUUAUUUAAACAAGUACAUGAUGGUAAAAACUUGAAAGGUCGUGCAAAUGAUGCUAUUGCUUCAGCUUGUUUAUACAUUGCCUGCAGACAGGAAGGUGUACCACGUACUUUCAAAGAAAUUUGUGCAGUUAGCAAGAUCAGCAAAAAGGAAAUAGGAAGAUGUUUCAAAUUGAUAUUGAAAGCGCUUGAAACUAGUGUUGAUCUCAUCACGACAGGAGAUUUUAUGUCUAGGUUUUGUUCUAAUCUUGGACUUCCUAAUAUGGUACAAAGGGCUGCCACACAUAUUGCGAGAAAAGCAGUGGAGAUUGAUAUAGUACCUGGAAGAUCGCCGAUUUCGGUGGCAGCAGCUGCAAUCUAUAUGGCUUCACAAGCAUCAGAAGAUAAACGAUCACAAAAAGAAAUUGGUGACAUUGCUGGUGUAGCCGAUGUCACAAUCAGACAGUCUUAUAAGCUAAUGUAUCCUCAUGCAGGAAAACUAUUUCCAGAAGAUUUCAGAUUCGCAACUCCUAUUGAUCAGUUACCACAAAUGUAAAUUUAAUGCGAAGCUUUAUAUUUCUAUACAUAUUUUAUCAUGUUGAAACAAUAGUUAUGUAUUUUAAAUAACCAUUUCUAAAUAAUUUAACCUUUAUUUACAGUAUACAUUCCUUGAUAAUCUAUAAAUUUUGGUAUUACAUUGGUAUUAUCUAAUUUGUUACAUUUCUUGUUUUCUCUGUUGUACUUGGUUCUUACUGUGUUGUGUAAAUUUGCAACAAUAGUAUUUUAAUAAUUUGUCUGGUGUGAAUAAAAUAAAAUGUUUAUGCUUUAAUUGGUGCGUUUCAACAUGUUAAAAUUGAAAAGGUCGAUAAAUUUUGUUGUAAAUUUUAUGUUUGAUACCAAAAAAUAUAUUGAGUUUUGAAGCUUUGUACAAGCAGACUUACAAAUUAAGUUUACAUUAAACAUCUCUACAUUGAUAUUUUGUUUAAAACGCUGUAGCACAAUCUUUUUUUUUUAUUUUUAUGUUUGCAAUAAGAAAAUAACGGAAACCAAUUAUAAAAUACAAUAAAUCACUUGAAAGUACCAUGCUAUAUAAUUAUACGAUAAAUUCUGUGAUACUUUUACUAAAUAAUGUAAGUCAAAAAUUUGCAACUAGCGAAGCCGACUAAAGUCGAAAGACAAUAGCCUUUUCUCACUACAAACGUGUAUAUACAUAUUUUAUUUUUGACUCAAAAUUUAUAUAAAAUAUAUAAGAACAUUCACACAGAAAAUUUCACUGUUCAAAUUAAAACAUCACAAUUUUAUAAUAUUUGUUUCCUAACGUUUCACUAAUAUUUUGUAAUCUACAUAUUACAUAUUUAUCAAAGUAGUAAUCUAUAUAAUUCAAUAUUUAUAUUAUAUAUAUUAUAUGUAUUUUUUAGAAAAUGAUAUCAAAACACUUUUAAUGUUGACUAUAUUUGUUCAUCUUUAUAUUUGAUAAUCAAAAAUCAAUUAUGUUCUAUUUUUUAAGAUAUUUAGAGAGAUAUGCGAUAUCACAAAAAUUUGUAUUGUAUUACAUAGUAAAUGUAAAAUGUAUGUUGGAUAUCUUAAUUUGUAUGUUAAGUUAUGUAAUAAAGAGAAUUGUUAUCAUUAGGCUGCUGA